GAAAAUCCAGAACGUACCUAGCACAGACUGCUGAUGAAAAUGGAAAUAAAAAAGCAGGAUUUGAAAAUGAGUUAGCCUUAGACAUCCAAGAAAAUGAUGAAGAACCUCAACUAUUAGUUGAUUUGAACCCCAAAGGUCCUGGUGCAUCAUUGAGAGCUUUUUCUCCUAAAACAUCAAAGUUCUGCGAUGAUCCUGAUCUCUUAUCCUGUCAGAUCGCUGACAUUAGUUCUGAUAUUCUUGGAAAGAAAAGUAUUCUGCUCCCUGGGAAUUUAGAAUUAAAAUUCAAGAACAAAAUUCCGGGGAAUGACAAUGCUUACAAUUAUGAAGGAGAUGGAGCCAGUCUUAUAGUUACUUACAAUCCUGAAAGCAGUGCGAUGAGUGGAACAGCUAAUUUAGAAGAUGGAAGAACUUUUGUACUUGAGCAUAUUGGAGUAGAGGGGCAUAUAUGGAAAGAAAUGGAUAUUCAAAAGCUUGAUCAGCUGUCAUUGGUUAGGAAUGGUAAUAGAGGUGAAGCUUUUUAUGUUUCAGAUGCUAUUAAGUUAAACCCUGGUAAUGUCAAUAGAGGAGAAUGGUCAAAUCAGUUACCUGAAAAAACAACAGACAAUCAUACCAUGGCCUAUAUUUCAGUAAAAGUUUACUUUACUAAAAAGUUUGCAGAUGUUACAAACAACAUUAAUGACUUUGUGGAUAAAAUGAUAGCUAUUACUAACCAAGGAUUUCUUAACAGCAAGGUUCCAAUUACUGUAGUCAAAACUUGCAUAGAGGAAGCUAACCUUGAAGAAAUGGAUUCUAGCCUUGAAAUGCUUAAAAAUUUUAGAACUUUAAAAGGAACAACAGAAAACCUUAGACAAACUGCAGAUACAGCAACAUUACUUGUAUCCAGUAUGAAAGAUGCUUGUGGGAGAGGAUACACUAACCAAUUUGAUGGGAAUGCAAUUAGUGUUGUAAAGAAGAGCUGCGUUGAAACCUUUAGCUAUGGCCAUGAACUUGGUCACAAUUUGGGUUGUCAACACAACGUUGAACAGGAUAUUAAUGAAAAUUACCCAUAUGGCCAUGGAAGCUUUAUUAAAAAUCCAAAUGACCCAUCAAGGGGCUAUCGCACUAUGAUGUCUUAUGUUAAAGAUCCUAAUAAUCCAAAAGCAUUUCCCAGAAUAAACAGUUUUUCUAACCCUGAUGUAAUAUAUCCUAGAGUUAACAAAAGAACUGGAGAUCCAAAGACAUCAAACAAUGCUGCUGUGUUGCUACGAAACAGAUUUAUUAUGGCUUCUGUGGGAGAUGAGACUCAAAAGUGCUUUUUAUUCAAGUGUGAAAAUAAUAGGUGUUCAGAAUCUUCUGAUUUGAAGAUUAAAGAGUGGUGAUUCAAUAUGCAGAGUACAGAUUGGAAAAAUAGUUGGGUAAAAUGAUAAUGUAUGGGUGGAGGAAAAAAUAAAACUUUAUCACACAA